AUGAACAGCCUCAAGGACGAGGAUUCCGGCGCCUAUUUCUGCGCCAAAUGUUACAGCAGUGGUUGUGGUCCUGCUGGUGCUGGUGCUGUUGGUUUUGUUGACCAUGUUGGUUGUUGUUGCUUGCCCCCAUUUUUGGGUCUCCAGUGGGCCGCCGUGACCCUGCUGGAGGCAGGGUGGGACCUCCAGCCCCCCGGGGGGUCUCUGACUCUGCUCUGCCGCGCCUCCGGGUUCAAUUUCGGGAUUUAUGGAAUGAUGUGGAUCCGCCAGAGACCGGGGAAGGCGCUGGAAUGGGUCGCAGGGAUCAGAUAUAGUGGUGGCUACACCGCCGACGCACCAUCGGUCAAGGGCCGGUUCAGGAUCUCCAGGGACAACGGGCAGAGCUCGGUGACGCUGACCAUGAACAGCCUCAAGGACGAGGAUUCCGGCGCCUAUUUCUGCGCCAAAUGUUACAGCAGUGGUUGUGGUCCUGCUGGUGCUGGUGCUGUUGGUUUUGUUGACCAUGUUGGUUGUUGUUGCUUGCCCCCAUUUUUGGGUCUCCAGUGGGCCGCCGUGACCCUGCUGGAGGCAGGGUGGGACCUCCAGCCCCCCGGGGGGUCUCUGACUCUGCUCUGCCGCGCCUCCGGGUUCAAUUUCGGGAUUUAUGGAAUGAUGUGGAUCCGCCAGAGACCGGGGAAGGCGCUGGAAUGGGUCGCAGGGAUCAGAUAUAGUGGUGGCUACACCGCCGACGCACCAUCGGUCAAGGGCCGGUUCAGGAUCUCCAGGGACAACGGGCAGAGCUCGGUGACGCUGACCAUGAACAGCCUCAAGGACGAGGAUUCCGGCGCCUAUUUCUGUGCCAGAUGUUUCAACAAUGGUUGUGGUCCUGCUGGUGCUGGUAUUGCAGGAUUCUCACAUUCUACUCCUAAAUCCAAGCCCUGUGCCUCAAACUUUGGCAAUUCUGAUCCAAACUCCUGGAUCCUCUACCCAACUCUCGCCUCUUUCCUAUUUUUUUAA